GUCAGUCCCGUAUUGUUUCGCAGCAUAGCCAGAGCCACUCCUAGUACAACGGACGAGCGUUAUCAGAGUUCUUCUUACCGUGAAAGUCCUGCCGCGAAUUUACGCAAUUCUCGAUAAGAAACACCUUGUGCAAUCUUGAAGGCAGCAAGACGUUUCGUGUCCGUGUAAAUGAAAAUGGAAAAUGUUAAAUGAAAAUGAAAAUGGAAAUUGAAUUAGUGAUGGCAGGAUUUUGCUGAAACUGAUUACUUGAUAGUACAGUGAUCGUAAUAUGUUAAAAAAAAAAGUGAAAGCCUAACUUAAAAUUUUGCAGAUACUUUAAUCGAGGGAUCAAAGUUUCGGGAUAUGAGCAAAAUUGUGCCAUCGUUGUGAAUCAAUUUAUUUUAUUGCCUUUAAUGAAGCUUGUGCACGAAAUUGCUUUGUUUUUCUCCCAUCGAGAGAAUAUCCAAAUGUGAAAAUGUGAAAAUCGUUUGGCCAUAAUUUUCCAUAAAUUGCGAAUUUCGAUUCCUAGGGGGUCAGCGACAAAUCAGCCUCGAACGAAAAUUUGAAUCGCCUUGCGACGAUUCAGCGAAAUUAAUAUCCUCGCAAGGCCGAAGAAUAAUAUGUGUGUGGUGUUUGGUCUUUGGUGUUUGUUGUGUUGUUAUCGAAACUAUCCUUAGAAAGGACUGCGUAAAUAAAUUGUAAGAAAAGCCAAGGCUGUUUGAGUGAUAAAUAAUUGAAAGAAAUCGAAUUGAAUCGCAUCGAAUUGAAUGGAAUGUAAUCAAAAAUUGUGUGUGUGCUCCAAGGAAGCCAGAAUUUUCAGUUGGCAAUUGAAAAUAAUUUUCAAAUAAUACUGAGAAAGCAGCAAGCUGACAAAGCCGUAUAAACCUGUUUGUGUUUCUAGCAUUACGUAUUGCGAAUCAGAAGAAGAAUUUGUGGCCGCUUAAUGCGACAUUUUGACAGUGACACGUGAAGGGAUAACAGCGAAAAAGGAUAAUACGUUCAACUGCGGAAUUUGCGUGACGUUGAUUAAAUGAAAUCAGCCCGAAUAUUAUGCCAUAUAGACAGGCAAAUCUGAAUAAAUUUGGAUUACAAGACACCUUCUAAAUGAUAACAUGAGAGUGGAAGCGAACAAUCCACUUUCACUGUGGAAGUAUUUGAAAUUACAAUUGUGGCCGUAAAGACAGAAAAACUGACGGAAGGAGAAUUAGUUCAACUACAGAUUGCGAAGUGCUUGGAAUUUUGGCAAAAGGACGACGACGAAGGCCAAAGCUAAAGAGCAAAACAAUCAAAGGAUCAAAUGCUUAUGUUUAUGCAAAAUAUACUUAACAUUUUGAAGGCAACCUAAACGGGAGAGAGAGCAGAAAAGCUAAGAUACAUUCAGUCAAUUGCGUUUUUGGGCCUCGAGUUUUGGGUCUAUUCGCCAUAUGCUCUGAUGCAGCUGUUGUUCCAAAGCUAAAAGCACCAAUCGAAGCGUAAGAAAGCACACUUCCAUUAAAAAAAAAGACGGACAAGAAAAAAGGAGGAGCUCGAGACUCUAAUUGCAGAUGAGAGAGAAAACGGAGGAGUAGCCAAGUAAAUUGCAGGACUCGCACUUAGAGCAUCUCGAGUUAAUAGAGAAAUCCUUUGUCUAAGCGGAGUAACUGACCGUAGCCCCUUCCACGCCCCCAAAAAGUGCCUUCGCCCCACGGCGAAGGUUUCGCGAUGGAGCCACAGACCCGGACUCGAGCCCGGACUCGUCUAGGAGUCACACUAUUGGCCUUGAUAUUGGCCGCAUCCUUCGACAGCGCGCUCUGCGGCGAGAAAUUGGCUCUUUUAUCGGCCACACUGCGCACAUAUCAGAAAGCGGCCUGUGAUACGGAUCAGGUGGUAAUUGCUUGCCCGCGCGGCACCAGCAUCUCAAUUGAAUUUGCACAGUACAACAAGUUCGUGGCGAAAGAUGGCUACAGCAUCGAGGAGCUGUGCCCCAUCGCCGGCACCGUUGGCCCAGAGAUACGUGGCAAGGCGAAGCAUUUGCUGCGCGGCUCCAUCUUCGGUUCCUCCACACAAAAGGUGCCCGCCAAUCGCUAUGUGAACGGAGGCUACGCCAUCGCCAUGGCUCUACCUAGCCCAGCUGCCACCACGACGAGUCCAACUGGCACCGAAUCCGCCACAGACGAUGCCCAAAAUAGCGACGGCUCUUCAUCUUCCGAGAGCUGCAUGUGGCCCAACGCGUUACAGUACUCCCUGCUGCAGACCGUGGUGGAGGCUUGCCAGAAGAAGAAGCACUGCAAGUUCCACGGCUCCCCGCAGUUCUAUGGCCUGGGCGCCAGCGGAGUGGGCGACUCAUCCGGCACCAGCAGCUACCACAGCAGCACGGCCAGCAGCUCGAAUGCAAUCAGCAACGAUCCUUGUCCCAAGAGUCGCAAAAUCGUCGAAGUCGCCUACAAAUGUCGUCCAUAUGAGUUCCGCAGCAAGGUAGCCUGCCAUAACGAUGUCGCCCAGCUGGAGUGCAACCCGUACUCCAGGAUUGCCGUCUACAGUGCCAGCUUUGGCCGCACCGAGUACGAGAGCAUUCAAUGUCCCCAGCCCCAAGGAGUGCGCGAGGAGACGUGCCUGGCAUCGUUUGCCACCGAGACUGUGAUGCAAAUUUGCCAUGGGAGAAGGCGCUGCAACCUGGCAGCGGAUGCGAAUACCUUUGGCACACCCUGCCAGCCCAACUCACGAAUGUAUCUGAAGGUUGUUUACACAUGCGUGCCCAAGCAAGUGCUGAAGGAGAGCAACGACUCGGAGGUGGAGGCCGAUGAGACGGAGGACUUUGAGGGUGACAUCAACGACCUGUAUGACGACGAGCUCAUCUACAAGGAGUCCGAAGCCAUACCCAAGCUGUACAGCAACACGACGAAAACGGCGCAGGGUAAUGGAACCAGCAGCGGCAUCAAUGGCACCAGGCUCCAGGGUAGCUCAAAUCCAGAUGGCAUUCAGAGCGUGACAAACGGCUCACUGGAUGCAGAUACCGAUGGCAGUGGCGUCAAUCCCGUGAUGACACACAGCGCCGACCUAAGCCUGGAGGACGACCAGCAGCGCCUCUAUUUGUAUCUGUUAAUCAUCGGAUCCCUGGGCGUGCUCUGCUCCAUUGUCAUUGUGGCCACUCGCCUCGUUCUCCAGCGUCGUCGCAUGGCCAGUGACACUCACUCCAACUCCUCCAAGGGCGGCACAGGCGGCAUGGUGGAUGAGACGACCAUCCCGAGUGGGUUUAACGACACCAUCUCGGAGAUUGAUGCGGACAUUGAUCUGACCACCUCGAUACCUGUGCCCAGUGUAUCCAAGAACGAGAACUACAUCACCUACGCACCAGCUGGUAGUCUCUACGCUAGCCUUUCGCCCAGUCAACUGGCCACGGUUCAAGGCUCAGGAGCUACGCCUGGCUUGAUUCCCAACUCGUUGCUGGUGGGUGCCAGACAAUCGCCGGAUCUAAUCGGCAUUGCGCCGAGCUCGUAUGUAGCCACCAGCAGCGCGGGCAGCUUACCUCCUGGCCAAGCGACCAUCCUAGCGCCAGCCAUUGUCAUUGGCGCCAAUGGUCCAGGCGUUCCUUUGCCCGGCAGCAGCGGCAUGAACACCAUGGUGCCCCUCACCUCGCUGACACAGUACACAACGGCGCCCACAAUCCGCGGUGGCUAUCUCAUAAAUGCCGAGAGCGUCGGCGUGCUCCAGCGACCCAGCAACACACCGACGCCACCCUCCUCGCUGGCCAGUGGUUCGCCCGCACAUCCCUCGGCUCAGCAGGCGCCCACAACAUCGCCGCUGGCCAUGGCACCGUUGAGUCACGUGGCAGUUCCAGGCACCUCAACGCUGCGUCGCACUAAGCCCACCGCGGCAGUCAUGCUGCAGCCACAGCUGUCGUACGAUGGUACGGCUCCACGCACUCUGUCGACUGGCCUCUCGGUCGGUUCGCAGUUCUACUACGGAUGACCCAGCUCGGUGGACUGCGAGCCUCAUGUCUACACCACAGCCAUCAGCGUGCCCGCCCCGCAAGUGCAGAGCUGCGAUGCCGAGGCGGGAGUCCAGGUGCCCAGACCCUAGCUGGAGGCGAGAGCGGGUCACACAUUCAGCACAGAAGACAAUACAAAUCAACUGGGGAAUAGUCUGAGUCCCAAAAAGCAGUCGGAGCCACAGCAAGCAGGUGUGUAGGGGGUGAAUUCGUGAACGACGAUGAUGAUGUCUGUUUUUAAAUGUAUAAACAAAUACAUAAAUAAGUAUAAAUGUGUGGACGAGCUUCCUGUAAUUGUAAAUUGUGAAUGCGUGGAGCAGACAGACACAACUUGAACUCUGGAUGGAAGUCUAGUCACUUACUCUCUCUCUAUCUCUGCAUCUCUAGCGACUUUAGGUUAGCACAAUGUUUAGGUUAAGCGCUCGGGAAAAUGUGUUUGUUGUGUGUCUGCGGCGUCGUAUGAAUGAUUUAAGCGAGACAAAUCGCAGGCUAAGUCGAAGUUGAAGGCGAAGGCGGCCACAAGAAUGAAAACAAAUUGCGUCAGGCUCAUUUAAUGUUAUCAAUAAUGUAAAUACACACAUAAACACUAGAACAGAGCAAGGGAGGGAAGAGAAAACUAAUGGGUUGCCAGCGAGCCGAAAUAUGCUUGCGUUGCCUUCAUCAAUUUUCGCAAUAUUUCCAUUUGCCAAAAACAACUCUCGCAAGUGAAUCUUCAUAAUCGUCUACACAUCAAGUAGGCGUGUGUGUGCGUGUGUGUGUGUAUGAGAAUUAUAUAAGGUGCUAAGCCGUAUAAACGCCUCAUGCUGCCGAAUGUUUGUAAACAUGACUAGCUCGUCAUAACUCAGGCGCUGUGUACAACUUGUCGUAUGAGCGAUUUCGCGUGUGUGCAUAAUUCAGUGUGUAUUCGGGAUUAAUGCGCUACAAAUGGAUGAGCGUAAUUAAUAUCCGGCCCGGAACGAAGGUCGCAGGCUGCAGGUCACAGAGCGCAGGUCGGCGGAAGGAUCUGGCCAGCCAAAGCUAAUGGAUUGCCACAACAAGCCAAGCUGAGGUAGCUCCAGAGUGAAUGUGUUGUGUAAAUAUGUGUGCAUAUAUGUAUAUGUAUGUGUGUGUGGAAAAUGAAACGCUGCAGACAACAGCAAUCUAGGUCAUAGUCUCUAGUCUUGGCAGAUCUACUAAGUGUAUGAAUACUUUUAUGAGUGUGUUUGUCUCUGAGUGUGUACAUAAGUAUGAUGAUGAGUAACGUUUGUAACUCUGUGUUCUGGUCUCUCUUGUGUGUCUGACUUUGUUGAUGUUGACGUUAUUGUUUCGAAUGUCAAGUGCCUUCCUGAUUAGCAUUUAAGUGUGUGUACUUCUGUAGUAAUGAAUAAGUUGCAAUUGCAAUUGGAAAUGCAAUUGCAUUUGGAGUGAGUUGCACGAAUCACAAAACUGUACAGAAUAGCCAAAAAUUCUACGAACAAACUAGACAGUCCUUAUCCAAAUUAGUCAGAGUGUAAAUAUAGCAAACAAAAGAAUAAUGAAAUACUUCCAGCAACAUAGAAAACAGAACUUUACUAACUAGCAAAUAGCUUGAUUGGAUAGACUGGAGUGGAGCAGCGACUCAAUUAAUAAAUAACAAUUAAAGCAUGUUCACAAUAGAGAAAAGUUAUUAAUUAAAUGUAAAUAAAAUAUGCGUGUUGCGCUCAAAAAAAGAAAAAAUCGACAAAAAAAAAAUGUAAACAAAAGAAAUAUGAUAUAGAUAAAGGAGACAAAGAGCUCAACUAAAUGCAUUAUGAAUCAGAAGUAAGCACUGGCAAAAUGAGAGAGUGCGUUAGUGAAUGGAAGUGGAAAAUGUAAAAUUCAAAUGCAAAAUGGAAAACUAUUCGUAAAUGAAAUCAUUAAAAAUACAUACAGGCGCAUUAAUUAAAGACCCAAACGCAUUAUGCGAUACUAAAUGCAACACUACGUAUGAGUAACGAAUACGCGUAAUGCAAAAAUGUUGAAUAAAUAAUAUUGUAACAGGGUUGGGGGAAAAAAACGUGUAUGUGUUGAUGGAAAUCAAAGCGUAGCAUUAAGUUUAAAACUUUCAACUAAAUCUGUGAAUAUUAUUUCGAUUAUAGUUUUUCCACUUAUGUAUUCGCACCUUUUGUACGUUUCAUUUUGAAUAAAUUACUAGUUAAUAAAUACAAAUAAAAUACAACUAACUGAAAAAAAUUCAAAUUACUAGCAUCAGUGAUUUCAUUCAUUACGUUCGGUUGAGCUUUUUUUUUCCAUUUUACAGCUUGGGGGCAUAAACAGAGAUUAGCCCUUGGCCUAUUGAACGCAUUAAGGAACUUAAUCUGCCUCGAUGUUUGGCCUCGUUUAUUGCCCUUGGCCGGAUAAUCGCACUAACUACGACCACAUCUCUGACUACGACUCUGACUCUGAAUGCGCGCUGUUCUCAUCUAUGAAUCCAUGCGCUAAGCAGGCAAACAGUAUUACAACUAGUUAAUUUAUAUUCGGAUACGAAUUAACGAAGCGUGAAUGAAAUCAAGUUACAGCUAAGUGAACGCCUUCUCCACAGGCAGAGAGACAGACAGACAGGCAGGACAGCUUUACUGCUCUCAGUCUCACUCGCUUUUCCCAGGAGUCAAAGAGUAAAGGCUCGCUUUCGCGGCGGGGAAAGUAGACGGGAAGCAAGCAGUUUGAUUAAAUUUGUUGGCAUCGCUAAAUUUAUGGGAACGCCAUGAGCUUCGGCUGCUAAUUGGUUUAUAAAUUAGAAUUUCAACGGAACAUUAAGCCAGACAUCUCAGCCAAAUAAACCCACCGCACAACAAAACAGAACACAACCGAGAAGAGCAGAAAAUACUUUGAAAACACCAUCGUAAUCAAUAUUUAUUGUGCAGCAACAAAAACAGCAGCAAAGUGAGAAACAUUGCGAAGCGAAUAUUGGAUGAUACUUUUGGCAAAAACUGGCAGGCAGCUGGGAUCGGGGAUUGAGGGAUUGCCUGGUUGGCUGGCUGGCAGGCAGAGGAAUAUAUCUACUACUAAAUUCAAAUGGAUUAAAUUGAUCUACUGGCAUAUUUACAAUAACAACUUGCUCACACUCAAAACGAAUUGAAGCCUAACUGACGGACUGACGAACGAAGGAUGUCAGUUGAACACAUGUUUCACAGAAUAUUGACAAGCUCACGUUCGAGUUAUGAUGAUAAUCGAGGCAGAGAUUUUAAUGACUUGAUUACACUCGGCAACAGGCAAUCGAGAAAAUGUUUAUGAUGAUGAGUUGCCAUGUUAACAAGCAUACGAGGCGUAUACUCAAUAAACAUACAUUUGCUCUUUUGCAGUGUGUGUGUGUCUAUUUCUUAAAUCUGCUUAAAGGAUUU